AUGGAUUCCACCAUCACGAUCGGUAGCAGAGUCGAGAUCUUGCCGGGUUCCCUCACGACCCGCUCCGGCCAGCUCAUGGCAUCUGCAGAAGCCUUUGCCUUCAGCAACCAGCCCAUGCUACGCCCACGGGCAGUGGUUCAGGCAUCCCCGGCAAGGGCUCAAGCUUGCAGCCGCAUCUCAGUCACUGCAUCCACGUCCACAGCCGUGCGGGGUUUGCGGUCCGUGGCCUGGAGCUUUGGCAACGGCAGCACGCCGCAGCUGGCGCAGCAGCUUGAGGCCAAGCUUGACACAACUGAGAUCUCCUUUCAGAUCUCCGAAGAGGAAUUCUUUGCCGCCGUGGAACAGAUCAAGGCUGAAAUGGGGUCUCUCUUCCAUUCCUCGGAAAUGAAGCUUGAGUUUGUGGCCGACAUCACCAACUGGCUGGGCAUGUCUGACCAGGCCUCAGCCACAGUCUAUUUGGAGAGGACAGAAGAGCCCAUGCCAAUCGUCUCACCCACAUCCUCCGUCUCAGCCUUCAUCUUCAACAGCGAGCCAGUGGCCUUCUCUGUGGAGACGAGAGCUCACUCGUCCUGCGGAAACACAUCGAUUGCUUCGACUUCGAUCGCGGUCACUUGGGAGUACCGGGAAGACUCGGGGCCGUGGAUGGACCUGGCCAUCUCUGGAAAGGUGGACCUGGACCGCCGCCCUGGCGGCGUCCGCUUUGGGGCCUUCACCUUUGCUCCCGGCACGAAGCACUCGCUGCGGGCCAGCGCCCGCUACGCCAGCCAGGCCGUAGCAACUUCCUACAACUUCAGCCUCACAGUGUCAGAAGCAGCCCCUUUGGAAGCCCGCAUCCUGGGGCCUUCCGCCUCUACCUCUGCCUGCGGCUUCAGCCUAGAUGCUUCAGGAUCUGUUGACCCUUCCUCUCCUUCGGCUGGCCUUGCCUUCCAGUGGUCAUGCGACAGCUGUCCGGAUUUGGGGGCAACGGACUCUGCCGUGUUGGUGGCGGGAGGUGGUCAGUUGCAGGAGGGCAUCUACAAUUUCAGCGUUCGAGUGAGCCAAGGAGGAAGAGUGACAGAGGCCUUCUGGCCAUUGGAAGUCACGAACAGUUCCUUGCCCCCUGUGUCCAUUGCCGUCCCUUGGGCCAGCGGGGAGGCAGUUUCCAAACAGCGCGGCUUCCUGGGCGAGGUGACAGCAGCAGUGCCCUUCAGCGCAGGCUGCACAGUGCCCAGCAGUUGGGUUUGGAGCUUCGUCUUGGUGGCAGCUCGGAGAUAUGGCAGAGACGGGGACGGCAGGCAGUGCAAUGCCGGAGAUAUUCGUAUUCUGUGCUGGUGCAGGAGAUAUUGA